UACAAGGUGAAUAUGAGCUGGCACCAAGGGAAAUAAAACAAUGAGUUGGCUGGCACAAUGGCUGUGUACUACUUCUAGAUCCAGCAAAGGGCCAGGAAGUUCCAAACCCAUCUCUGGCCUGUGUCUCUGGUGUUACCUGCUCCUAAUAUGAGGCUGUUCCUAAACACAGACUAGUCCUCCAUGAGGUCACUUGCUGUGUAUCAGGGUGAGGAGAGACUAUCAUAAAUUGCUGCUGCUGCUGUAUAGACUUUUCUCUUCAUCCUGGGCUUAUGACAACGGACUUUACAGCAAAACUGAAAUACUAGAUGAUCAGACUCUGUCGUUCACAUGGACGUGAUUCGUUUCUGUGAGUUCAUUCUUCUAUUUAGAGAAAGACCCUGCUACCCUCCCUUACGCACUGACACAGUUGCCAAAAUAACCGCUCUUACUAACUGGCAGCUUUAAAAGCCAGCCUGCAGCUGACUUUGAAACAGAAGGUCAGCAAACGGAGCAACAGACUUCAAUUCAGAGCUUUAAUGGGAGCCAUUGACCACAGCAAAAGGCCCUGACUGGAGUGUCUAGAGUGUGCUUUGCACAGGCCAAAAAGUCACUUUCAUACUCUUUGAACCUUUUGUAUAAACCUAUAUAUUUUUCACUCUCUGGAUUUCAAGAUGAAUGUGCAGCCGUGUGCUAGAUGUGGCUAUGGGGUUUACCCUGCUGAGAAGAUUAACUGUAUAGAUCAGACAUGGCACAAAGCCUGUUUUCACUGUGAAAUAUGCAAGAUGAUGUUAACAGUAAACAACUUUGUUAGCCAUGAGAAAAAGCCUUACUGUCAAGCGCAUAAUCCAAAAAACAAUGCAUUCACAAGUGUAUUUGAAUCACCAAUAAAUACGAAUGCCAAAAAGCUGUCAGAAGUGGUAAAUGAGACAAAAUAUCGAGAAGGACAAGAAUACAAAUCAGUCUUUCAAUGGGAUGCAAGAUCCAGAGAAAUUGAAGCUGUCUAUAAAGCCCAACAGCUGGCCACCCAGAAUGCUUACUAUGCUGCCUAUGCGGAAGGAAAAUCAUGGUACUCUGGAACCAUCCCAGAUCCUGAUAUGGUCCAGAUAACACAGGCACAGAAGGCUCUGAGUGAUUUUCAAUAUACAGAAGAAUAUGAGCCACGGAGAGGCAAAGGCAGCUUUCCUGCUAUGAUCACUCCAGGUUAUAAGGUUGCUAAGAGAGCCACCCAGCUAAGCAGUAAUGUAGAAUAUAAGCGGGGACAUGAAGAGAGAGUUUCGAAGUUCACCUCUGUUGUAGACACUCCAGAUAUACUUCAUGCAAAGGUUGCAGGACAGCUUUCAAGUGAUUUGAAAUACACAGAAGACUUUGAAGAACGAAAAGGAAAAGGCAGCUUUCCUGCUAUGAUCACUCCAGCUUACCAGAUAGCCAAGAGAGCAAAUGAAUUAGCCAGUGAUGUAAAAUAUCAUCAAAGAUAUGAAAAAGAGAUCAAGGGAAAAGCCACCCAUACAUUUGGAACAGAUGCUACUAUUGCAAGGGAGCACAUAGAUCAAUAUGGCCAGGAUUAUAUGGAUGAGUUUGAAGAACGCAGAGGGAAAGGAAGCUUUCCUGCUAUGAUCACUCCAGCUUAUCAAAAUGCCAAGAAAGCAAAUGAAUUGGCAAGUGAUAUAAAAUACAAGAAAGAUCUUUCCAAGAUGAAAGGUGCAGCUCACUUUCACUCCCUAACAGCUGAAGACAACUUAGCCCUUAAGCAAGCCCAAAGUGUUAACAAGCUUGUCAGUGAGGUGGAGUAUAAGAAGGAUCUUGAAAACAACAGAGGCUACAGCAUGAACUACUGUGAUACUCCACAAUUCAAGAAUGUGAGCAAGAUCUCAAAAUUCACCAGUGAUCUUAAAUACAAAGAAACCUACCAGAACCAGAUGAAAGGUCAUUAUGUGGGUAUUGGCAUGGACAGGCGAAUGCUACAUGCCAUGAAGGUUGGCAGCUUGGCAAGCAAUAUAGCCUAUAAGUCUGAUUACAAACAUGAUGGUGUUGACUACAAUUACCCAGCUACUCUCACUCCUUCGUAUCAGACAACAAGGAAGUUGGUCCCUUUGAAAGAUGUAAACUACAGGCAAAGCAUAGACAAGCUGAAGUACAGCUCUGUUGCCAGCACUCCACAAAUCGCUCAAGCCAAAAUAAAUGCGCAGCAGCUCAGUGAUCUGAACUACCGAGCCCAGUAUGAGAAGACAAAAACAAACUACACUCUACCUCAGGAUGUACCUCAGUUAGUCAAAGCGAAAGCGAAUGCUGAGUUAUACAGUGAGAUUAAGUACAAAGAAGGCUGGGAGAAGAGUAAGGGCCAGGGUUUUGUAAUGAAACUUGAUUCUCUGCCUCUACUUGCUGCCAAAGCUUCAAGGGAUCUUGCCAGUGAUAUUAAAUAUAAAGAAGAAUAUGAAAAAACAAAAGGAAAAGCAAUUGGAGCCAAAGAUUCGAGACUUUUACACUCUCUGAAGGUGGCCAAGAUGAGUAGUGAGAUUGCCUACAAAAAAGAUUUUGAGGAGAGUAAGACCCAUUUCCAUCUGCCUAUGGAUAUGAUAAACCUGAGACAUGCUAAGAAGGCCCAGGAGCUUGCUAGUGACUUAGAUUAUCGAAAGAGACUGCAUGAAUACACAGUGGUUCCAGAAGACAUGAAGACAAAAUGGGCAAAGAAGGCCUAUGGUCUCCAAAGUGAUCUUCGAUAUAGGUCAGAUCUGAUGUGGAUGAAAGGAGCUGGGUGUAUCACAGAAGGAAGUCUUAAUAUACAACAAGCCAAAAAAGCAGGAGAUUUGGUCAGUGAGAAAAAGUACAGACAGAAGGCUGAUGCUCUGAAGUUCACCAGUGUGGCUGACAGUUCUCAGAUCAAGCAUGCCAAGAAAAGCCAGGAACUGCAAAGUGAUGUUGCCUACAGGUCAGGAAAAGAGCAAUAUCUUCAUCAGUACACCAUCAGCAAAGAUGAUCCCGUCUUUCUGCUGGCCAAAGCAAAUGCUGCCAAUAUCAGUGAGAAACUCUACAAGAGUAGCUGGGAGAAGCAGAAGGAAAAAGGAUUCAUGCUUCAUCUGGAUGCUUUGUCAUUCUUGACAGCUAAGGCAAAGAGGGAUCUGGCAAGUGAUAUUAAAUAUAAGGAAGGUUAUGAGAAGAUGAAGGGUAAGCUGGUUGGAGUAAAGGCUGUGGAGGAAGAUUCACAGAUGGCUCAUUCCCUUCAAAUGUCAAAGUUGCAGAGUGAUCUGGAGUACAGGAAGGGAUUUGAGGACACAAAGAAUCAGUUCCAUGUCUCCAUGGAUAUGGUUAACCUUGUCCAUGCCAAAAAGGCUCAGAAUCUGGCCACAGAUAAAGGGUACAGGACAGCUCUCCAUCACUACACAGCCCUGCCUACUGACAUGAAAGUGGCAUGGGCCAAAUGGGCCUAUGGAUUGCAGAGUGAUAACCGAUACAGAGCAGAUUUGAACUGGAUGAAAGGAGCUGGAUGGAUAGCCACUGGGUCAUUAAAUGUGGAGCAGGCUAAGAAGGCAAGAGAACUCAUUAGUGAGAAGAAGUACCGUCAGCAUCCAUAUGCUUUGAAGUUUACCAGUAUUAAAGACACUCCUGAGAUGAUCCAGGCUAGAAUUAGUUAUAACCAGGCUGUGGAUAGGCUGUACAAGGAGCAUGGAGAGAGUGUUAAGCAUCGGUAUACACCCACAACAGAUCUUCCUGAAAUCCUUCAGGCCAAAUUAAAUGCUAUGAAUAUCAGUGAGAUUCGCUAUAAGGAGUCCUGGCAAAAGAUGAAAGACGGUGGCUAUCAACUGAAACUUGAUGCCAUUCCCUUCCAGGCAGCAAAGGCUUCGGGUGAAAUCAUAAGUGAUCACAAGUAUAAGGAGGCGUUUCAGAAAAUGAAAGGACAGAUGCUUGGCUCACGUGGCCUGGAAGGUGAUAUUCAUAUUGCUCAUUCAGUCCAUGCAGCAUCGUUGCAGAGUGAUGUGAAGUAUAAGCAAGGUUUUGAGGAUACAAAGACUCACUUCCACCUGCCACUGGAUAUGAUAAACUUGGUACAUGCCAAGAAAGCCCAGUCUUUGGUCAGUGAACAAGAAUACAGACAGCUGCUACACCAGUACACUUCUUUGACUGAUGAUGUGAGGUUGCGGUGUGCCAAGAAUGCAUACAAACUACAGAGUGAGAAUUUAUACCGGUCUGACUUGAACUUUAUGCGAGGAGUUGGAUGUAUUACUCCAGGGGCUCUAGAGAUUGAAGGAAAGAAGAAAGCUUCUGAACUCAUCAGCGAGAGUAAAUAUCGUCAGCAGCCACAUUCCUUCAAGUACACAUCGGUGACAGACUCUCCUGGCCUCCUUCAUGCAAAAUUCAGCAAUAUGAUUGCUAAUGAGCGCCUGUAUAAAGCGGCGGGAGAGGACAGUCAACAUCACUAUACACCAACACUGGGUCUGCCUGAGUUUACACGGGCAAGAAUAAAUGCAGCCAACCUCAGUGAUGCAAAAUACAGAGAAUCUUGGCAUAAUCUGCGUGCUCAAGGCUACAAGCUGACAACGGAAGCACUCCCGUUCCAGACUGCCAGGGCCUCCAGAGAAAUUGCCAGUGAUUACCACUAUAAACACAACUUUGUGAUGGAGAGGGGAAAGCACAUUGGUGCCAGAAGUGUUCUGGACGACAUCAGGUUGCUGCAUUGCCUCCAUGCUGCCAAAUUACAGAGUGAACAGGAGUAUAAGAAGAGGUCCCAAGAAGUGUGGUCUCAGUACCAUCUGCCCAUGGACAUGGUGAACCUUGUCCAUGCCAGGAAAGCCCAGGCCUUAGCGAGUGAUCAAGAUUACAGACGGAGACUCCAUGAAUUUACAGCAGUCCCAGAAGACAUGAAGAUGAAGUGGGCCAAAAGAGCCCACAUGCUACAGAGUGAGCACCGCUAUAAAUCAGACCUGAACUUCAUGAAAGGAGUUGGUUGGAUGGCUCUAAGAUCUCCGCACAUAGAAAGUGUAAAGAAGGCUGGAGAGCUCAUCAGCGAGAUAAAGUACCGUCAGAAGCCAGGAAGUUUGAAGUUCACUGCUGUGGUUGACUCUCCAGAUUUGAUUCAUGCUAAAAACAGCUACCUCCAGUGCAGUGAUAGACUGUACAAGGCUGGAGACUCUGAAGCUAUGCACAGGUACACCCUGCCUCCUGACCAUCCAGAUUUUAUCCGAGCCCGCCAGAAUGCCCUUCACCUCAGUGAUAAAUUGUAUAAAACAUCUUGGGAACAGACAAGGGCAUCUGGCUAUGAUUUUAGGAUUGACGCCAUCCCAUUCCAGACAGCAAAGGCUUCAAGAGAGAUUGCUAGUGAUUACAAAUACAGAGAAGCCUUCCUGAGAGACAGAGGCCAGCGGAUUGGAUUCCUCAGUGCAAAUGAUGAUCCCAAAAUCAGGCAUGUCCUCAGAGUGGGGAAACUCCAGAGUGACAAUCAAUACAGGAGUGGAUAUGCCCAAAACAUGACCCAGUUCCAGAGUCACCUCAACCAGCCAGGAUUCCUCCAUGCUAUGAGAAGCCAGCAGCUUGCAAGCAAUGUUAACUACAAGCAGCCUUUUCACCAAUACACUUGUGAUCCUGAGCAGCUAAAUGUGAAGCAUGCAAAGCAGGCCUACAAGUUGCAGAGUGAUGUAAAAUACAAGUCUGACUUGAACUGGCUCAGAGGCAUUGGCUGGACUCCCCCAGGUUCUCACAAAGUCGAAAUGGCAAGAAGAGCCGCUGAGUUGGCAUACCUUCGGGAAAUGGCAUUGCAGGGUUCUUCUGCCCAGUAUGGAUACGGAGUUGACCAGCUGGGGACAGAAGGAUCUCAGCAGGCCACAGUCAACCCUGAUGCUUCAGAAAUUCUGCAAUUCAAGAGAAGAAGAAUGCAACUGUAUUAGAAGUAAACAGAAACAUGACAUAACAAAUAGAUUUUUAUCUUGUCCUGCAAAUCCUGUAGUUUUACUAGUUUUCUGGGAAGCACAAUAAAUGGUGUCUAAAAACUUCUUGUUUUAAAAAGCAACCUGAACAUUGCAAUUUGUAACUGAGCAUUUUAUUUUUGUGUGGAUACUCAGUGAUUUAUCACUGUAUGUAUUACAGAAUCUGAUAUUUAUUUGAAGCUGUAAAUGAAACUAUAAUACUAGGUGACUGGCAGGCUCAGCUUUGUACUACAGAUGGAUUAACCUGAUUGGUAGAAUAUAAAAUAAUUUGUAAUGAAUAAAUCAGAUGAACCUCA